AGUAGUUAAAAUCACGACUCUACUCGUAGAAUCGCACGAUUCUGCGAUUUUGUUUCUCCCUAUUGUCUCGUCUAUGCUUCUCGUCUUCCAGGAAGCAGCUCCGUGCUGAAUCACCGAGGAAACACGCUGAAAUGCUGGAAUCGCGAGUUUCCGGCGAGGUUGCGUUCUAGUUUCAAAAAGGCUCCAGAAGCGAUUUUCUUGGCCCAAAUUGCAACCAAUUCAAACCCUAGAGCCCAAUCUGAAGUGAGAAAGCAAAUCGAAGAAGAAAAGUUGUGCUACCGUGACCCCUAAGGCUUGUUGCGGUGCUCCUGUGAGUGUAUCUCUGCCUUUCUGACUCUUUCUGACUACAACUGUGACUGCAUUGGAAGGUUGCUGACUUAGUGUUGCUGAUGCUCUGUGUCAUUGACUGCCGGUGUUCAUGGUUGGUUGUUGCUAUCUACUGCGCUCUUCGCCUCCCCUAUGUAGUGAUUUUAGCUGCUGAUAUCAAUUAUAUAAACAAACUGUUGAAUAGGGUGGAGGAAAUGAACGAUGAUUCGUAUCUCAGAAACAUAAAAAUCACAUUUCAAGAGUUUGAAGCCUUUGCAGAAUUGAGCAAGCAGUUGGAAUUCUUCUCCCUAGCCAUAUUCAGCUAUGGAAAAAUUAGUGGAGAGUUGACAAAAUCUGAUUUUCAGAGAGCAGCAUCACAGGUAUGUGGCAUCACUAUUACAGAUGUAGUUGCUGACAUAAUUUUUCAUGUUUUUUAUGCUAACCGGGAUGGAAACUUGAGUGCUGAUGAGUUUAUUAAAGUUAUACAAAGAAGAGAAAGCAGUGCAGCACGUGAAGGCAUGGAGAGUUUGUUAUCUUGCUUUUGGAACUGUGCAAUAAAGCAUUCAUCAACUAAGCUUCAAAGUUGAUGAUGAAUUAAUCUAAUUAAGCAUUGCAAUGAACUCAACCAUAUGAAGCAACACAGGAUGAAGAUUCAUCAUUCAUUACCUUAGCAAGGAAAACUUGCCAUAAACACUAUCAUUAUCACAUGAUUUUGCUGUGUACUCAGAGGUGUGCAGUGUUCAGUUUUUAUUUUUUAUCCAAGAUCUUUUCCUUUCUGAAAAUUUGUAUGAUCAUUUUUGUUCAUACUGAUAAACCAGCUACUAUUAAAUAUUAUUGCUUCUCAAAAAAAAAAUCAAAAACUAAAUACUUAUGCUAGAAAGUGAAGGGAUACUCUGUAAAGAAUGAUUGAAAAUUUUAUAUUAUGGUGUAA